CACACCCAUCCCACUGCUGUCAGUUCCACCUGAGGGAUUGUUUUGUGAAUUUCUCUCUUGACAAUGGAUGCAGAGGAGCUGAUCGAGUCCAUCAUCAGAGGACUCAUGUUUCUUGCAGGGAUUCUGGGAAACAACUGGUUAGCCAUCCGCUCCCUGCCCAGGACCAUCUCUGUGAUCCGCACCAGUGAGGUGCUCUUCAUAAACCUGGCCGUCUCCAACCUCAUCACCAACUUCUUGGUGGACCUGCCCGAUACCAUGGCAGACUUCGCCGGCCGCUGGUUCCUGGGGGAGACUUACUGCGGCGUGUUCCGUUUUUGCGCCGACCUGUCUGAAACCAGCAGCAUCUUCACAACCUUCUUCAUCAGCGCCUUCUGGCACCAGAAGCUGGUGGGUUCUCUGAAACGGGGGGGAGCACCAGUCCGCAUGGACAGCCUCCGUCUGGUGGCCUGUCUGCUGGCGGCCGGCUGGACCGUGGCUGUGGUCUUCAGCAUACCGCACUUUUUCUUCGUCACAGUGGAGGCGACCAAUGAGAGCGAAGAAGACUGUGUGGACUACUUCCCUGAUGCGGCUGCAGGACGAACAUAUGAGAUCCUCUACCUGACUCUGGCCAACGCUCUCCCUCUGGCUGGGAUCGUGUCUGUCAGCGUCCAGAUCGUCAUCACUCUGCUGAAAAACCAGCAACGCAUACGAAGUCACAAGUCUGAGGCCCCGAGGGAAGCGGUCAAGGAUAAAGACAGCGACGCAAAAACGAAUGAUAGGAGACCGGCUGGGACUGGACCAGAAGCAGGGCCUGGUCCAGAAGCAGAGCCCAGUCCAGGACACAGCAAAGACCCCCAUAUCUACACAGGUGUCCCUGGUUCUUCUGGUCCAAAUACACCAUGUCACACUUCUAAUCAUUCAAAUAACACAGGCGGUAACCAUGGAGACCAACCAAGUUCUUCAAAGCCCGUGCAGGUGUCGGCCAAGCCCAACCCCAGCACUCAGGUAAGGGCGGCCAAGAGCGUGGUGGCCGUGGCCAGUGUGUUCCUGGUCUGCUGGCUGACCCACCUGCUGCUGCGCAUCACCAACAACAUCCACACCUCGUCCCUGGUGGUGGAGGUGGCCAGUUACAUCGCAGCCUCCUACACCUGCAUCAUCCCCUACAUUUUCCUGUACGGGGUGAAAAAGCUGUCGUGUUCAUGUAAACGGUAG